GGCAGGGCCAAGCUGGGCAAAGACUUUAGGGUGUGUUUGUGUCAAGGGCCUAGCAGCCAGCACAUAGCCCACCAGCUGCCCUAGUCUUCUGGGAGUCCCAGGAUCUCUUCCCAUCCUACCCCUAGCUGAGCAAAGCUGGAUGCUGCUCCUCCAGAGCCACUGUGGUUAGAGGAAGAGGUAGCUAAGCAGGCACCAGCCAUGCCCAGAUGACCUUGGAAGACUACUUCAGCAAGCUCUUGAGUCUCUUGCCUCUUCUUCAGGCUGAAAGCAGAGCUGGUGUAGGAGGAUGUGGGUCCUCUGGUGUCUUAGGGAAGGACAGCCAUUUGGAAACUCCUUUAUUCCCAUGGCGGUUGUGGGGUGGGGGGGAUUAUCAGCCAUUGGGAAAACAGUAGCCCAGCCCUAGUGUGUUAAGCUCCUGGGUAGAGACCAAUUUUGGCUGGUAUCCGGGAGUCGUGGCCAGCUCCGCGCCUUGUCUUCACUGACCAUUCCCAGUAACACCUUCACAUUCCCUAUGCGCUCUACAGCCUGGGGAGUAGACCACCAUGGCUGGUUCCACCCAUCUGUGUCAUCAUCAUGUUUGUUGGCUACAAGACUCCCUGCCACCUCUGUGUGGUGUCCUUGGGGUACCUGAAGCAGACCCGUGCUGCUGGGAAACAACUUCAUGUCACUCGGCUAUCUAUGGCAUGCUGGUCUGGAGCUGGCACCAACUAUCAGGAGUGAAGAAGGCCACUUCCUGGUGUAACUCAGCCUAAGGAUCGCGGAGCGCUGCAGAGGGAGCUGAGAUUUGUGGAUUUGGAGCUGCUUGGGCGGGCAGGUGUGGUCUGUCCUUGCUUGGUGGCUAUGAAAGACUGAGGGGCAGGGUGCUAGGGUCAGCUUGUUUCUUCUUUUUUUUUUGGUUCUUUUUUUCGGAGCUGGGGACCGAACCCAGGGCCUUGCGCUUCCUAGGUAAGUGCUCUACCACUGAGCUAAAUCCCCAGCCCCCAGCUUGUUUCUUCUAUCUCCAGUCUGCCCACCCCCUUGGGGUGUCCUCCGUGCCUUUUCUAGGAACCUAGGAGUCUAGGAAGCACUCCUGACAUCCUUAUGCUCCCAGGUUCCUCCGUUCCCCUCAGAGUCCCUCAUGGCCACACACGUCACUCAUUCUGGGUUCCUUAGCACCCAGAUUCCUUAUGAUGUGCUCAUGUUGUCAGCAGCUCCUGGUCCCAGGGUCAACUCCACCUGCUUCCUCCAAAAAAGUCACCUGAUAGACCAGCUAUAGCUUGUGCUCACCCUGAGCCGCUUUCCCAGACAGGAACAGAAGGCCUUGUAGGAAGCUUACACCAUUGGCCUCAGGAGGCUUUCUCCAUGCCGUCUUUCUAAUCUACCUGUGCCUGCCCUGUGUUGCCAGAGACUGUGGUAUCCCUGUUCUGCUCCCACCCCCAUCCUCACACAUGUCUCUUACAUGUUACCCUCUUAUGUCCAGUAUUUAACGAUUGUUUGCUAAGUGGUUUCCUAGGCCACAACCCUGUGGGCAGGGCAGUACCUUGCUCCUGGGGUCUGGAGUUGCUUGCCCAGGUUUUUCUGAAGGUUGGGGCCUUAGCUUGAUACUUCUCAGAAAGGACAAGCCAAGUAGCAGAAUCUCCAGUCAAGAGUAUGAGACAAAAUAACCCCAACCUAGCCCUUAGGAAGAUGAGGUAGGAGUUAUUUUCUCCAAGUUCCAGGCCAAUCUGGGUUAUAGAGUAAGACCCUAUUGGUGAGCCUGGGGCAGGACUAAAGAAUAAGCAAGGUGGUCCCUGUGGCGGCUAGAUUUAUGUGACAAAGUAGAGGCAUCUGAGAGGAGGGAGGGAUCCUCAGUUGAAAAAAAAUGCCUUCAUAAGAUAAGGCUUUAGGCAGGCCUAUAGGACAUUUUCUUCUUUCCUCUUCAUAAUUUUCUUGCAUUUUAUAUGUGGAUGUUUUGCCUGCGAGCAUCAUCUGUGCACUACAUGCAUCCCCCAAUUCCUAUAGAGGCCAGAAGAAGGCAUCUGAUCCCCUGGAACUAGAGUUCAGACAGUUGGGAGCCGCCUGCCUGUGGUGCUGGGAAUCCAACUUGGGUCCUCUGGAAGAGCAGUCAGUGCUUUUAACUGCUGAGCCAUCUCUUGGAAAAAAUCAGUUAGUGAUUGAUGAGGGAGGGCCCAGCCAAUUGUGAGUGGUGCCAUCCCUGGGCAAGCUGACCAAGCCAUGAGGAGUAAGUAGCACUCCUCUGUGACCCCUGCAUCAGCUUCUGUCUCCAUGUUCUGCUUCAGUUCCUGACUUGGCUUUCUACAGCAGACUGUGACUCAGGAAAUGUAAACCAAAUGAAUCCUUUUCUCCUCAAGUUGUUUUUGGUCAUUGUGUUUCAUCACAGCGUAGUACCCCAACUAAGACAGUUCCACAUUUCACCCUUGGACCGUGAUACAUCUGGUCAAUAAAAGGACAGUUCCACUUGAGGAAGGGAGAAACGCCCUCAGCCCCAUCUGUGACUUGAGUUCUCGGGCCUUGCAGGGUGUGAGAUCCCACUCAUUUUCUACACGCAGCCUGUCUGUGUUGCACUCCUUCCUUUCGCCCGCUCCUCGGCCCCCCUCCCUGCCUCUGUCCCCGCCCCCAUUGUAAAUAUAAAGCCCUGCCUGGUUCGCAGACUUGAGCAGCUACAUUCUGCCUUCCCCUGCCACACGGCUCCAUGGUCCGGUGUAGGACGCUGGUGGCCGCCGCCCUGGCGCUGCUCCUGACGCCAGCCCUCGCGUGGUACAAGCCCGCGGCGGGAUCCCACCACUACUCGGUGGGCCGCGCUGCGGGGCUACUGUCGAGUUUCCACAGGUUCCCAUCCACGCGACGUUCCGAGUCUCCAGCACUCCGGGUGGGAACCGUACCUCUGCGCAACUUGGAGAUGCGCCCAAGCGCCCUGUGUGUCAAAGAUGUGACCCCGAACCUGCAGAGCUGCCAGCGGCAACUCAACAGCCGAGGGACUUUCCAGUGUAAGGCGGACGUCUUCUUGUCGCUGCACAAGGCUGAAUGCCAAAGCGCCUGAACCCCAACCCAAACCUCGACGCUGCGGCCACUGACUCCCCCUCCCAGCCACCCCCUUACUCCCAGUCUUGCUAGCACAGGCCCUGUGUGAUUUGGCUCCUGUGGCCCCUAACUCCCACCGAGCUCCAAAAUGAAUAAAGAAGCAAAACCGUC